AUGUUCCAGCCGCAGCCGACACCGUACUCGUCCUUCUAUCCCGCCUACCUGCCCGUCGGCGUUGAGGAUGAUGGGAUGAGCGGCGGGUUUGAGGGCGUGCAGGCGUCCGGGUACAGCACUUACCCACAGGUGCCCUUUGCUUCUCUGUCCCUGGCUGGGCCUGGGCCUCAGGCUGGGGCGCCGGGGCCCCCUGCAAGUGGUCCUGGGCCAGCCGGCGGCUCAUGCCAUGAUGCUCAUGGCGGGGCAGCAGGGGUCCCUGUCAACGUCGUCCGCCCUGCCCCGCUACCCGUGUUCCCUUUCCACAGCACCCUUCCUCUACAUCAACAUCAACAAUCUGGAGCUCCCAGCCUCUUUGACCACCGGCAACAACCGUCGCUCAAACAGCAGCAUCAGCAACAAAGCUAUUCUCCCAUCAGCCGUGCGACAUCCAACGUCAAGAUGGAGCAGAACCAAAGCCUGCCCGACGACUUUGCCGCUCAGGAGGCUGCAGCCAGGACAUGGGAGCCUGAGGUUGAGGGGCCACUGCUCGGCGACAGGACUAGCAUUACUGCCAUCACAGAGCAGUACGCAAAGGCCGACCCUAUCUAUGUCGACAAGACAAUGGCUCUGCCCCAAACAUACUCACAUUACAGGCCCGUCAAAGGAGACGGCAACUGUGGGUGGAGAGCUAUUGGUUUCUGCUACUUCGAACUGCUCAUUCAGCAGGGUAGCCAGGAGCUUGUCGACGGGGAGCGUCUGCGCCUUACACAACUGAAUGACUACCUCGUAAAUAGCGGCAACUACGACCCUGAUCUGUUCGUAGACUUCGUAGAAGAUACGUUCGAGCUCCUCCAGCAGAUAUCCGACAACAUACACGACCAUGACACAGCCAUGGCCGUUCUGACCACCAAGUUUAACGAUUUAUCCUCAAUGAACAUAUUGUUCCACCUUCGGCUGCUUGCAGGGGCGUGGCUAAGGGGCAACCGCGAUCAAUACGCGGGAUGGUGCGAGGCUGAUCCCGAGACUUACGCGCAGACAGUGAUUGAGCCAUCACAGCGCGAGAUCGAAGAGCUGGGUGUCGUCCUUUUGGUCGAGGUCCUGCUGAAACCCGCUGGGUUCACUCUCGAGAUCGCCUACCUCGAUCGCAGUCAGGGUAGCCAGGUCAACACCCACCGCUUCCCUGACGGGGACCCCAACAACAUGGGCCCUUUUAUUCAUCUUCUCUACCGCCCAGGUCAUUACGACAUAUUAUACAAGCCGACGACGACAACUUCUCUGCAGGUCAACCGGAUGGCCUACACGCCGACCUAUCACGAUAGUGUUGGCCCGCAGUUUCAAGACACAUUCAGCCUGGCGAAUCCUUUAGCCUUGAUACCAGGUUUUGGAGCAGUCGGACCGAUCUCUUCCAUGGGGCAGUUAACAGGGCCUUCGCUAGACUACCCAUCCAGUCCCCAGUCGCCGUGGUUCUCUUCACCAUACGCAGAUUCAUCACCCACUCCUCCGGCACAGACCCAAUCAACGCAGCAGACUUCGCUAUCGACGCAGCCGAUACCUGGGCCGUCAACAACCCACGAGAUCCGUUUCAGUGAGUAUCAGUACAAGGAGCCGAUGGAUGCAAAUGCCUGGCAGGAGCAACCACUGCAGACGAACACGUUCAAGAAUUCACAUUUCAACACCGCUCACUACAACAACCCUAAUUUCCAGCCAGAAGAGUACAGACCUGGCUACGAUGAUUGGAUCGAGAGGUGCGAGCGGCCAGGGAAGAAAAAGGGCCACCACAAGGCGGGUCAUUCUUCAUCCGACGACAGUACAGGCCACGGGGAGGCGAAGAAUGAAAAAUGA